UAUACAAGAUGGCACUACCGGUCUAAAAUCUAUUAGAUAACCUUUAACUGUUUUUGUCAAUUAUAAAUUGAUAACAAGCAAGCAUCAGAGUAACAGCCUGUAAUUUGUGUGAUUAAAAUAAUCAAGAUCUUUAACCGCCAAUAUGGGAUCUCUAAAUAAGGUUGUACGUUAUAGUUCGGUGAUUCCGAUAAAUGCAAGGUUGAUCUCUACGACUGCACGUCUGGACGCUGAAGACAGCUGGUUAUCAAAGUUGUUGGUGCGGAAGAUAGAGCCUACUAAGGAGUCGCAUAGUCGUAUGCUUAGCGACAAGGAAAUUAUAUACGCGUUACAUACGCAUAACAUUAGGCCGGACUCUGUGGAUAAAUACCUGCAAAACUACAAAACUUCUGUAGAGUUUGUACACUCUAAAAAAUCAGAGCUUGGUUGUGAGCUGGUGGGAUCAUGGACGGUGUCAGUCGGGGACAUGGACCAGGCGCUGCACCUGUGGCGCUAUGUCGGUGGCUUCGAGAAGAUAGACAAGGCUAAGAUUCUUUUCAGGGAAAGCUCGGAAUACCGUGCACUGGAGAAAGAGCGCGGCAACUUCGUGAGGUCGCGGCAUCUGCAAUACCUGCUCAAAUUCAGCUUCUGGCCCAACGCUGAGCCCAGGCCUGGGAAUAACAUUUAUGAAAUUAGGUCCUAUAGUCUCAAGCCCGGCACAAUGAUCGAGUGGGGCAACAACUGGGCCCGCGGUCUGCAGUUCAGACGCUCCAAGAAUGAAGCAUUCGCGGGCUACUUCUCGCAGAUCGGUCGUCUCUACAAUGUGCAUCAUAUUUGGUGUUACAAAGACCUGCAAGCUCGCCGCGAGACGCGCGAGAGCACGUGGCGUAACCCCGGCUGGGACGAGUGCGUCGCGUACACCGUGCCGCUCAUCAGAGAGAUGCACUGCCGCAUCCUCGAGCCCACAGAGUUCUCGCCCACACAGUAGACACGCUCACCAUUUGUACUGGCAUCUAUGGAAGGACCCCGCUUGCCUCACUUUAUAAGGACUGCUCUUGCCUUUCACUUUAGAUCCAGAAUAUUAUAGGUAUGUUAAUGAAAUACAGUUGAUGUAGAGGAGAUCUAAGAGUGAGGAAUAUUGCUAAUUUGAGUAAUUAAUUUUUGAAUAAUUUACCGAAAUAUUAAGUAAAACUCUCAAGAAAUACACUUGUGAUUAUGUGGUAUGUAAAACAUAUAUUCCGAAGAUAAUAAUUAUGUAAAUACCUAUGGUAAACCUAUAGUAUUCUUGAUCUGAACUUUCAAACAGGUGUUUAAAGUUUACAUAGCAGCUAUGACAUUGUAAAGAAUGUUUCCUUUUGAUGAGAAACUGGCAUGGUCACCUUCAUGAUAAUGAUUGUAAUUAGAUAUGUUUACGUUAAUUACGAUUGAAGCACGCGAGAAUAGUUUCUGUAUAUUAACUUCACUUGACAUUAAUUUCGUAUUUUUGGCUUUUAUCAAAUCGAUUUUGUGGGGCGGCGUACAAAGGCAUUUUUUCAUUAUUUAUGUAUCUGGAUGGAUGCCAGUUAUUGAAUUAGUCAAUAUUUCGAACAUCAUGGCAUAAAACAGAGGAUACAAUGAAAUGUUACUGUGCAAUAUUGCACAUCUGAAUUAUAAGUUAGUCAUGACGCUAUUCGUGUGACGAGAAAAACCUUUUUUAAUUGUUUUACAGGCUGCCUUUUGAAUAUUUUGACUGAAUAAUUAUGUGUAAAUAUAUCUACCCCUAAGAAUAAGUCUCGAACGAAAGCUAAUUGUGGGUCAGCCGUCAUUGCAGUUAAUCCAGUGUUACUGGGGAAUUAUAUUCUAUGUAUUUUUGAAAUAAUUAUCUAAAUCUAUCUAAAAAAAUAGGUGCAAUAACUUUGUAAUGCAUGAAGUAGAGCUUCUAUGUACUGAUCAGCACAACAUACUGCGCCAUGUAAUCGGAUGCAGAUAUAGUUUUCUAAGUAAAUAAAAUAUUCUUUACUUAUUUUUCUUUAUAGCAUUUAUAUGUGUAUAAUUAAAUUUUAAAUAUUGAUACAUAAACCAAUAUUAGUAAGCUUAUUUCGAAAUUAAGUAUCGUUAAUUCUUGUUUUUUGUUCCAAUUUUUACCUUACUAUACUAUUAAAGUAGUUUUUUUAAACAUUUA